UAUAUACCGUAUACGUCUGCUUGGCUGGAGAGGGAAUCAGUGGCAGCAAAGGUUUGGGGGAGCCACCCGCCGCCGCUUGCUUGGUGGAAUUGGUGAGCAGUAUUUUCAGCCUUUUAUGGCCCGGAACAGCAUUUUCAACUAUUUUGCUUGGCGGGAAAUGACAACAUUUCCAGAUUUUAUUGGCUGCGAAAGAAAGACGAACUUCAAUAUUUUCUUGUUAGAACGCAUGAUUAGACAGAAAUUAUACAACGCCAUGCCAUGGAUAUCCUCCCCAACCCACUGUUUUUCCCGUUUGUUAACGUCAACAUUUUCAUCUCUUGCUGCGCAAAUAUCCCAAGACCAGCACACAGUACGAUUCCUAACUUCAGAGUUCGAUUCCCAUGUAUAUGCGGUCAUGCUCCAGAAUUGCGUGAAAGACUACCAUUUCACCACUGGAAAAGCCCUUCACUGCCACAUUUUAAAGAGAGGUGGGUGUUUAGACCUAUUUGCACGCAAUAUUUUACUACAUUUCUAUGUGAAAAAUGAGCUGUUAGCUGAUGCUGUUAAUCUGUUCAAUGAAAUGCCGGAAAGAAACAUGGUUUCCUUUGUUACCUUGAUACAGGGGUUUUCCCAGUCAGAAAAGUACAUUGAGGCAGUUGAGUUGUUUGUUAGGUUACAUAGGGAAGGUCAUGAGCUUAAUUCAUUUGUAUUCACUACAAUAUUGAAGGUUCUUGUGAGUAUGGAGUGGUCAGAGUUUGCGUGGUGCACUCAUGCUUGUAUAUGUAAGCUUGGGCAUAAUGCUAACGCCUUUGUUGGUACUGCACUUAUUGAUGCUUAUUCCGUUUGUGGGUUUGUGGAUGUUGCUGGAGAAGUGUUCCAUGGGAUUGUUGAAAAGGACAUGAUUUCAUGGACAGGGAUGGUGGCUUGUUAUGCUGAGAAUGAUUGUUUUAAAGAGGCAUUGGAUAUAUUUACUAAAAUGAGGAUGGUAGGGUUGAAGCCGAAUAAUUUUACUUUUGCAAGUGUGAUUAAGGCAUGUGUUGGACUUGCGGCUGUUAGUGCUGGCAAAUGUGUUCAUGGCUUUAUUUUAAAGACUUGUUAUGAGAUGGAUCGUUAUGUGGGUGUUUCAUUGCUUGAUCUGUACACUAGGUCUGGAGACAUUGAGGAUGCUAGGCAGGUAUUUGAAGAGAUUCCUAAAGAUGAUGUGGUUCCGUGGAGUUUCAUGAUUGCCCGGUACUCACAGAGCGGCCUGUGUGAGGAGGCUUUGGGAUUGUUUCUUCAAAUGAGGAAAGCAUUGGUUACUCCUAAUCAGUUCACUUUAGCUAGUGUGCUGCAAGCUUGUGCAACGACAGAAGCUCUGGAACUGGGGAGGCAAAUGCAUUGCCAUGCGCUAAAGGUUGGUCUUGAUCUGAAUGUGUUUGUUUCAAAUGCUCUCAUGGAUGUGUAUGCUAAAGCUGGAAAGAUGAAGGAUGCAGAGGAUUUAUUUGUGGACUUGGAAAACAAAAAUGAAGUGUCGUGGAAUACAAUGAUUGUUGGCUAUGUACAACUAGGAGAUGGAGAGGAGGCACUGCAUCUGUUUUUAAAUAUGCUUGCAGAGCAGGUGAAAGCGACCCAGGUAACAUACUCUAGCAUUCUGCGUGGUUGUGCCAGUAUGGCAGCCUUGGAGCUAGGCAUUCAGAUACAUGCACUGACUAUUAAAUCCCUUUAUGACCAAGAUGCUGCUGUCAGCAAUGCUCUUGUUGAUAUGUAUGCAAAGUGUGGGAGGAUUAAGGAUGCUCGUAUUGUCUUUGACAAAAUGAGAAACCAAGAUGUAGUGUCAUGGAAUUCAAUGGUCUCAGCAUAUUCCAUGCAUGGUCUUGGCAGUGAGGCACUGGAAGUCUUUGAGAAUAUGCGAAAUACAGACAUCAAACCUAAUCAACUAACCUUCGUUGGUGUGCUUUCAGCAUGUAGCAACACAGGUUCAUUGGAAAAGGGGCAAGGUUAUUUUAGUUUGAUGCAAGAGUAUUAUGGUAUUGAACCUUGCAUGGAGCACUAUACUUGUAUGGUAUCACUUUUUGGGCGACUUGGUCAUCUUGAGAGGGCUGUAAAGUUAAUAAAGGAAAUUCCACUUGAGCCCAGUGUUAUGGUAUGGCGUUCUUUAGUUGGGGCUUGUGUGGUCCACAAUAAUGUUGAGCUUGGAAGAAUAGCUGCUGAGCGUGUGCUUGAGAUGGAACCCCAGGACGAAGCAACCUAUGUCUUAUUGUCAAACAUAUAUGCCACGGCAAAAAGUUGGGAUAAUGUAGCAUCUGUCAGGAAAAACAUGAAGAAGAAACGAGUAAAGAAAGAACCAGGACUUAGUUGGAUUGAGAACCAGGGCACAGUUCACUAUUUCGCUGUUGGAGAUGUUUCACAUCCAGACGUGAAACUAAUUCGUGGGAUGCUAGAGUGGAUGAAAGUUAGAGGCCAUGCAGCUGGUUAUGUUCCUAAUCUUGAUGUUAUUUUGCUUGAUGUGGAAGAGGAUGAAAAGAUGCGUCUCUUGUGGCUACACAGUGAAAGAUUAGCUUUAGCUUUUGCUCUUAUCAGAACACCACCAGGAAGCCCCAUUCGCAUUAUUAAAAAUCUUCGAAUUUGCGUGGACUGCCAUACUGCAAUUAAGUCCAUAUCAAAAUUUGUGCACAGAGAAAUUGUUAUUAGAGAUAUAAACCGGUUUCAUCACUUCCAGGAUGGCUUUUGCUCCUGCCAUGAUUACUGGUGAAAUUGUGAUAACUACUUGAGAGUUCUUGGAUGAUGGAGCUGUCUACGUUCUAGGAAAUUCAAACCGGUGGUUCCUUGUUGUUUCAAUGCUCUUUCUCGAAGGUCAAAAACCUCCCAUAUUUCAAAUGAAACGAAAACAACCUGCAGAUUUGGCAUUCAACGAUGAAGAGUCAACUUCACCAACAACGAAAGUAAUGUAUCGAGG